UCUUCGCUCGUGAUUCGCCAGAUGAAUCCUCGUACGCCGCCUCCUCGUGCUUCUCCGCAUGAUUCCCCCGCGACCCAGCCUCAGCCGGUCAAGCCCUUGGCUGAUCAGCAGGCCCCCGACACUGGACUCAACACGCCUACCCGACAACAUCCAGCGCCACCUACCCCUCCUGACUCCUCCUCUCGCAGUAGCACGGCCAACGCCUCUUCUCUCGCAGCCUCCAAAUCCAGGAUCUCUCCUUCUGACGAGAGCUCUCCUCAACACGAUACCUUCUCCGUAGAUUUUGCACCCCAUUCUAGUCCUAUCACCAUGAAGCCUCUCGGCGGUGCUCUCGAUGCACCACCCAAUCACGAAGGUAUUACUUUACAGUCGUCGAUAUCUUUCCCCAGCACUCAAGUUUCGUCUAUUCCUUCUUUUAGCACUUCGUUUUCCGCUGCGAGCUUUGCGUUCAGCAACUCCUCUGCCUUGGAUUCAUCUACCACCACAUCGCAAAGUUCUUCAAGCCCACGCCCGUCGUCGCCCAAGCUCUCUGAAGGCACCGACCAAGAACGUACACCGAACGUCUACAUCAACGGCCUUCCGCCGCACUUCCCGGAACAAGACCUUCAUGAACUCGCUCGACCGUACGGAGAAGUCAAGAGUGUAAGGUCAUUCACACGCCACGUUAGCGAGAAGCCCACUGGAUACGGCUUUGUGCUUUACGACAGCAUUGAAUCGGCGGCCAAGUGCAUUGCAGGGUUGAAGAAGUUUCGCAAUAUCCAUCCAUCCUUUUCUAAGCAAAUUCAUAAGAUACCUGGAACUCCCUAUGCUCAGCAGGGAGACUCGUCGCCGACCGAGCAAGACGCUGAUUCUUUCAAGUCGCGUAUGAAUAGGCUGGGGGAUACGGCGUCUUCAAACCUGUACAUUGAAGGACUGCCGAUGUCGAUUGAUGAAGAGAGUCUAGCGGCAUUGAUGCAGCCCCACGUCAUCAAGAGUAGCCGCUUCUUUAAAACAAAGCUUAGUGACCCUCCCCGCAUCAUUGCAUUCGUUCGUCUGGAAAAUCGCAACGCAGCUGAAGAGAUUAUUGAGCGCCUACACGGUAGAAUGGUUCGCGGAUGGAAUGAUCCUGGUUGCAGGAUCUCAGUUCGUUUUGCCGACAGUCCUGAACAACGAGAGCUUCGGCGAACGGAGAGAGUCCCCAGAGGCGACGGAGAGCAGUCACCUGCCCGUCUCACCAUUGCCCAAGCUGCACUUCUCAACCUUCGCGGGCAGAACCUGCAACCGAAUAAACUUCCUAAACCUCUUUCUUCAGCGACUGAACAAAGACUUCCGCCGGCGAGCCAACGCUCACCCUUACAAGACUCUUUUGGCACUUUCUCUUCUCCUCGUUCCCCCGCCGAGAUCCUGGCCUCGAGUAGGAAUUUGCUGGGUCUCUCGGGCAACCCAACCCAUCAACUUGGCUCUUCCCAGCAGACGUUACCAAACUUCCCAGCCAACGUUGACAUUCAGCGUUUGUCUCAGCUUUUGCAGAACAAUGCCCAUAUUGGGGCUGGCUAUGAUGUCAGUGGACUUGGUCUUGGCUCUCUGGAGGCGGAGUACCGCGCCAACGCUCUUGCCAUCCAACAGGCACAGCUUCAGGCUUUGAUGAACGCGAACGCUGCUCUUCUCUCCGCCAAUGCCAACGCAUCCUUGUCGUCUGCCCGUGCUCAUAACCAGGCGCGGAACGGGUUCACUCCGGCAGAGGAGCUUCUUCUCCAAGCUCAUGCUCGAAUGCAGCAACAACAACAUCACGGGGCGCCAUCAGACUCUCAGCGUCUUGACGGCGACUUUGCGGCCCGGCCGGAGCGGGCCCAUGCCUUUGGCGAUGCAUCCUCGCAGCGGGGCCGACUUUUCCAGGAGUCGCUCCCCCCGAUCUCGGAAGACGAGUUCCACGCCGGAGCAGCGCAGCACGUCGAUCUCCAGUCUGGCGAUUCGUCCAACGCUUCCUCGUCGGGGGCUAAUCAAGACAGCCGCUCCUUCGUCAAGCCCCCCAGUCGAGCUAUCGAGAUUGUUGCUCCCCGUGAUCAAUCACAGCCCGUAGGCAGCGAAUGGCAGAAGAUCCGUCGUCAUAGCAAGUCGGGGUCGCCCGAUGCGUCUGCUUCGCUCAUUCACUCACAGCCCCAGUCACGUUCAUUGACCCUUCCGUCUCCUUCUCCCGCCAUUUCCAAAACCCAGCGCCAUUUCAUGCAAACCAGUAAUGAUAUCCGUUCCAACAGCUUCUCCUAUAAUAGCGGGAUUUCCGGUCACGCUAACGCUUCAAACUCUACGCCUGCUUCGAACAGCUACACUUCGUCAAAGGACGGCUUUCAUUCUCAGCAGCACAGCGUCAACAAUACCAGCUAUGUUCCCCGCGAACCCUAUACCCGUGACCAACCGCACGCAGUGACUUCAGUAGAGGACCGUAAGCAAACCUCCGGCUCUCCUCCGGCCAUCUCGCCGGCGCUCACAUACUGCAGUAACUCUCCGUCAACGUUGAGCCCUACCACUCCCUACUUCCACCAGGACAACUUUGGCGGCGUAUCAGGCGCGGAGGAUACCAAGAGCGGGUCGGUCGCCAAGGUCAACGUUCCCUCUUCAUUGCACUAGAUUCUCGCCCAUUGGUAUCCUUUGCCUACCGUCUUUUCUUAUAGCAGUUUGACCGAUGC